CUAGUAGUUGUCAUGCACAGAAAAAACGUCACUUUCUUCAACUGAAGCGCUUCAUAUUCAUUUGUCAACAAAUGGCUUUCAUGGCCUAAUUUUCUUUAAAAGUCGGAGAAUUUUCUGUGUAGUCCAGGAAGAAAUAGUAGGGUUAUAUUCAAACUUUAUCGGUACUUUCGCUUGACUCGGUGCUGAGGUGGAUUCCAAAAUGGCGCUCCCCACGAACUACAAACAACACAUCCCGGUAUCGACACCGACGACGCAACGGCUGCGCCCCUCGGGGUCCAGUUCCGAAAGCCGCAAGCAGGACAACUCGAGCCCGUUCAUGCAUAGCCCUCACGGUAAUCCGGCUUUCACUCCGCAAAAGCUCGGGAAAUCGGCCGCCACCGCAGAGGCCAAAAUCAUAAAGCCUCCGAAGGCGCCGGAGAAACCGCUGAUGCCGUACAUGCGAUAUUCGCGGAAGGUUUGGGAUUCGAUAAAGGUUUCCAAUUCCGAUUUAAAACUGUGGGAGGUGGGAAAGAUUAUCGGCCAACAGUGGCGCGACUUGCCGGAAACGGAGAAAGAGGAAUUCAUUACCGAAUAUGAAGCCGAGAAACUGGAGUAUGAGAAGAACUUGAAGGCUUAUCACAGUUCCCCGGCUUAUUUGGCAUAUCUUACGGCUAAGAAUAAGUCUAAACCAGGUGGUGAUGGUGACGGUCACGAGAACCCUCGUUCCAGCUCGAAGGGUGGGCAGCAAGAUCGAAGAAUCGAUAUCCAACCAGCAGAAGACGAAGAAGACCAAGAUGAUGGCUAUUCGUUCAAGCAUGUGGCAUAUGCCAGAUUCUCACGGAACCAUCGUCUGAUUAAUGAGAUAUUUUCGGACGCGGUCGUUCCAGAUGUGCGAUCCGUGGUGACAACCCAAAGGAUGCACGUUCUGAAGAGGCAGGUUCAAUCAUUGGCCAUGCAUCAGAUGAAGUUGCAGCACGAGUUGCAACUAAUCGAGGAAAAGUUCGAUAACAGGAAGCGUAAAUUCGUUGAAUCCAGCGAGCAGUUCCAAGAUGAGUUGAAGAAACAUUGCAAACCAGCGGUCGAUGAUGAGACGUUCCAAAAAAUGGUCGAUCGUCAGUAUGAAAUGUUGAAACGCGAACGUCUCCGUUCCGUGGAUGACCCUAAAGGAUCAGCUCCUGUUCCGAAACCAGAGGAACCGACUGGACAAAAUGUAGCAACAGUGGCAGCUCCGGAGGCUGCUGUCGCUAAUCCUGAGCCUCCUCGCCCUACGCAAGACGCACCUGAAAAGCCGGCACCCCAUGAGGCAGCCGUUCCAUUAGGUGCUAAGAAAGAGGAAAAGGUUGAUGUACCGAAACCGGAAGAAUCGGGCAACAAUGUUGUCCAUGGGUACAAGCAGCCGCCAGAAGAGGCUUCCAAGGAAACUCCCUCAAUGGAACACAAAGCUCCAACACCAGAGGCGUCACCAAUUGCACCACCGCCGUCAAGCGUUGUGCCACCACCGGAACCGUAUCGCGCCCCUCCUGUGCAAGCGCCAGUAAUUCCAGAGCCGAAGCCGGACAUUCCAGCUCCAGUGGCACCGGUUGCUCCACCACCAGCGUCCGCUGCCCCGACACCACCGCCUCCACACCACCAUGCUCCACCAGCGCCGACCUCUGCUCCGUCGGUUCCCUAUCCACCGAAUCCACCCCAUAGCGGUGAGUCUCACGCUCCACCUCCAAACGUAACCGUACCGCAUCAUCAGGCACCUCCGCCACCACCACCAUCUCAUCACAUGCCACCACACAUGCAACCCCAUCCGGGAAUGCCGGCCCACUCUGGUUACCCUGGGUAUCCCCACGCGGGACCCCCACGCCCUUACUACCUUCCUAGUGGAUACGGAGCUCAUCCUCAAUCCUACGGCCAGUACGGACAUUAUCCUUACCAUCAGCAGUACGCACCGCCACCACCCGGACAGUACAUGCCGGGUCCACCACGUCCCGGGCAUGGUGGCCCGAUGGCCCACUACGGAGCGGAUCCGCACGGCCAUGGUGGACCGAGCGGCGAAGGGCAUCAUCCACAUUCACCGUACGGACCUGGGCCGGCACCUGGAGGUGCUCCACCACCGUCGGCGGGUGGACCAGCACCGGGAGGACCCUCACAGCCACCGGUCGGAGCAGCGGCUGGAUCACAUCCAGGGGAGAUCGAAGCCCCGGAAAAGCCAGAGAAACCGGAAAAGACUCCGGCCAAAAAGAAGAAAUCCAGCAAGAAGGACGCCGAAAAGAAGGCAGCCCAUGACGACUAAGAUGAGUAUAAUUUUACUUCUAUAAACUAGGUGUAAUACGAUAAAAGCUUACUGAAGUUUUCAUUAUUCGAUGUCUAUUUAAUAAGAUAACACGGUUCAAUUAGUCGUCAUGUGCUUUCAUGUUCAUCCUAUUAGAAAAAAUCUCAACCGUAAUCACAACAUUUAGCGAGGUUUGCCGAAGCACUACUACAGCUUGUCAGCAAUAACUGACGGUUUUCUCAUUGAUUCAUAGCUGGGUUAACGUGGAAGUAUAAGACGAAUGGUAGAAUCAAACACCCUACUUUCUAUUAUACUGUUUGUCUGAUAUCCUAAUAUCUAAACCCCAUGAAUAAAAUUUAAUCAACAUGUG